AUGGAAAAUGAAUCUGUCAUAUCGGCCCGAAGUGACAGAUCAAGAUCAUCGCACCAUUCUCACCACAGAAAUUCAAGCAACAGAGUUCAACAGUAUUACAACAGAACAAGAAACAGUCGAGCAGGUGUGUCAGGUGAUGCCUUACUUCGCUACCCUGUUGAAUCAGAGCAACCAGAAUACAGGGACGACAGAUCAGCUGUUAGUACGUCGGGGAGGCUAUCUAAACGGCACAACAAGCAUGGGGGCAUGAUGAUGUCUGAGUUUAUUCCAGAAAGAAGGUCUCUACGUGCUUAUGAAGAUCAGUGUGACAAUGUUACAGUCAUUACAGGGGCCACUAGUGAUUUUGUCUAUUCAAUGGAUGAUUUAAAUAAAGAUCACGAAUUUAACAGUCAAAAGAAAAACUCAUUUUCACAUCGAAAAAUAUGCAACAAGUUCAUUUCAUUUAUUACUAUUUGUUUUGUGGUCCUGCUUUGUUUAUCAUCAUUUUUCUCACCUAUCCUCAUGUUACUGCUUCCAAAGUUGCCAAUGAUUAGUUGGGAGAUAGACCUAUGUGAUCCAGAAUGCGAAAGUGCUUUUCUGGGGAUCGGCUUCAAACUUUUGAUUCUAUUAAUUGCCACCUGGGCUCUAUUUUUUCGUCGUUCAAGGGUUAAUUUUCCAAGGUUGGACCCAGGAAGAACGCUCAUAGUAUUCAUAACGUUUCUACUAACGUUUUCAUUCUGGCUCUUUUAUGGUAUUCGAUUAUUUCAAAAGCCUGAUGUAACUUAUUUGGGAAUCAUAUCAUUUACAACAUCACACAUUGAUUCAUUGCUCUUUGUACACUAUCUGUCAGUCAUCAUCCUAGAAAUUAAUCAUCUCCAAUGUCGAUUCGCAGUAAAAAUAGUUCGUUCGCCAGAUGGCCACUCAAAGACUUACACAGUGGGAAAGAUGAGAAUUCAGAAUCUAGCUCAGUGGUGCCUCGAUAAGUACUAUACAGAUUUCCAGUCUUACAACCCCUACUUAGAAAUCAGCAGUAUUAAAAAAAAUUCCACGUCAUCUGGACCCCCCACUGCCUUCAAGUUGUACAACCUAGAUGGCGCACCAACUGGAGAAAGUGAGGGGGGCAAUGGUAACAACAAUAAUGGAGGUGGCGCUGCUGGUGGUAAAACUUUUUCUGUUGUUUCUUCAUCGGUAGCCGGGGGAAGAGUUGGACAUAACGACAGGUACUAUGGGGAAAUCGAGCAGGAGAAGAGGGUGUCGAGGAGGAGGUCAAGGUUGAUGAUGGCUGCUGAGGAGGCAUUCUCCCAUGUCAGGAGGAUUAGAAAUAGUAGAGUUUGCCAGAUGACGGAAGUCACGACGACAUCCACGAUGUCUGCCAGGGAAGCGGCUCAGGCCAUAUUUCCUACGUUAGUCCGACCUCUGCAGAAAUACUUGCGCAUCACUAGACAGCAGCCCAAGUACAACAUGGAAGACGUCGUUGGGCACCUGACUCGCUGUAUUAGUUACGAGCUGUCUUACAAGGCUUUCCUCGAAAGAUAUUUAUCACAGAAUGAAGUAGCGUUUGUGAAUGAUGAUUGGAUUUUGAGGACCAAACAACAGCAACAACAACCAAACGAUGGCAACAACACAAAAUCAGCUAACAUCAAAAGUAAAAAAUCUCAACAUUCUUGGGUGAUCUCUUGUGAGAGCCUCCUAAAUAGAAUGAUUAGUGAAGAUGGCUGCCAUUUUAAACUGGGUAGGGAUGUGCUUGGAGGCGAAUCGUUGUUCAUCAGUGUACAGAAACUGCCAUUCUAUGAUAUUAUGGAAGAGCCUGUUAAUAUUAAGAUGCAGAGAUUUAACUUAGAUAUGAACGUUGAAUUGUCUGUUUGAGUUGUUUGUGUGCGUGUGUGUGUGUGUGUGCGUGUGUGUGUGUGUGUGUGUGGAUAUAAAAGUUAAUAUUUUUUAUAAAUCUAUACAUUUAAAUAUAUACAUAUUUAUAUAUUUCCCUCUUUGUUUUUUUAUUUUAAUAGUCCAUAAAACAUUUAUUUGUCUUCUUGUUGUUAUCUUUCACGUGCAUACAUACAUUCAUACACACAUAUACACAUACAUACGUACACACAUAUAUACGUACACAUACAAACAUACAGACACAUACAUACAUGCUAGCAUGUUUAAAUCCAUCAUAUUAUCAUGAUAUUGCCUUUAACAUUAUAUAUCUACAAUAUUAAUCAUACAAGGACCAGUUUUUUUCUACGUUAUGAAUAAUUAGUAAUUAAUAUUAUUCUAUAAUUAAUAUUAUUUUAUAAUUAAUAUUAUUCUAUAAUUAAUGUUAUUUUAU